AAUUUUAUUUGUAUUCGUAGUAUAGUUCCCUUUUAUUCUAUCACAGGUUCGUGACGCAUACAAACGCUUAGCUGCUUCGCGACGUUUUCUCAGCGAAUGUCUGGCAAGUGGAAUAUCUUGUCGUUUUGAUGUGGGAGGGAGGGAGGUUCGUGACGCAUACAAACGCUUUGCUGCUUCGCGACGUUUUCUCAGCGAAUGUCUGGUAAGGCAUGCGGUUGCUAGGCUAAACAAGGGUGAUGAUGAGUCCUGUUGUGCUACAAUUACUUGUGUUGAACCUAUCGUUCAGAACUGUACUGACGAUGAGCCGUCCGAGAAGCGACAACGCGACGACGGCGAGGACCCUUUCGGACUCGAUGACUUCUUUGUUCGAGUCUGUGGGCGUUCGGUGGCAAUUAGAGGUUAA